AUGGAUUUAGUGGCGAAGAAUCUCAGUGACGAAACAUUGGAUCUGGUAGUUGGUGACUGCAGGGCUCCUAAAGUUAAAAAGUUGUUAUUUCAUCCCAACGUUGUUCUUUCAUUUGUUGGAAAAUUGGCCUUGCCUAAAUGUACAAUCCAUGCAAAUCUCCCACAUAGACCUUCAGGUGUGGACGUUUGCUUACUUGUAAAGGACCUAAAGAAGGCUGAUUAUGACGCCAGCAACGAUCUAUGGAAGCGAAAAUGGAGGGCUGAUUCUGUGAAUACGCCAACAAGCCUUACAGUUACCUUUCUACCUAUUAGUGAAUUGAAGCUAUGUUAUCAAUCUUUUGAAUCCAAAAGGAAACUUGCAUCUACGUUUGAUAUUUUCCUAGCAGACAGGCGUAUUGUCCACCAUCUCCCAACAAAUUUGGGAAAGGCUUUCUAUGGAAAAUCACGUGAUAAGAUUCCGAUUCCCGUCACUAUUGAUGGAAAUAAUCUUGUUAAAGCUGUCGAAGACGCUCUUCACUCAUGCCUAGUUACUAUUAGCGGCAAAGGAACCACAGAAUCUGUUGUUAUUGGCAAUACGAGUUUGUCAAUCGAGGAUAUAAAGGAAAAUACUCUUUCAGUUCUUCCAGGCGGGAUGAAAACAAUUAGAUCCAUUUACUUGCGUGGAAAUGGCCCUAGUGUUCCAAUUUACUAUGACAAUACCAAUGCAAGUGCAGAAGAAUCAAAGACCAACCUUAAAGUUAUCAAAUCACAGGGUUCCGCUACGUCUAGUCUUCAAAUUCCUCUUACUGAAACCAUUCUCGAGGCAGCCAAAUUCCUCCCCAUUAGUGAUUCAGAGCUAAAAUCGAUAUUAAAGAAAACUGGACGGAGAAAGGUCAAAAGAAUCAUGAAGACUUCUACAAAAAAGUCGCAGAAGAAAAAAGGUUCUAGAUUAAACUUUCCGCUUCAAAAAAUUACUAUCACUCGGGAUGUUCCAUUUGAAGCUGUUCCUAUUCCAGAGUCCAAAUUUCGUUCUGUUAUAUCGACGCCCAGUUUUCAGCAUAUUUCAAAUGAUGAUUAUAAUUUUAUCUUUGUUGCUCAAAUAAUUUUUCGAUCAGCCAUUUCUCGUGAACACCUCGGCAUCAACUCUUUUGAUGGUUUGCGUUCAAAUUUAAAUGCCAGUUUCCGUGUCCGUGAAAUUAUUAAAUCAACUACAUUUUCCACUGACGGUAAAACGGAACAAACAUUUGAUUCAAUUUGUAUGCGAAUGAAAGAACUCUUAAGCGCAUCGAAUUCCCAAACUACGCCUCCAUCUAAUGCACAAAGUCCAACCUCACGAAUUUUAAGCCUUCCAACACCAAAGUUGCCGGUUGAAGAUUGUGCCAUUAUCUCACCCAGUAUAAUCUGGAGUAAUGAGCAUAGUUUGUUCCUUCAAGAUGAUAUUGACCUUUCGGAACGGCUUAAUUAUAAUGAUGUUCAGGAACUUAUUGAUGUCCUAUUUGGACUCCCUCGUCGACAUAUUGGCACGUCACAAGUGAAGUUCCGUAAUCUACCUGUGGUUAAUGCUUUUGCUACCACCAUUGUACUUAGGAAUUUCUAUCCUGAGUACAUUCACAACCUGCGAGAACGCCUUGUGGAGGCAUUUCCCGAGUCGCGUUUUGUGGAACAGAGCAGCAAUCAGGGCUACUUCUCUUUUUCUCCCUCGUUUUCUUCUUUGCCCUCAGUUGAACCAGAGGAAGGUGGGGGAAGUGAUUCUCCAGAGCAGCUCAAAGACAACACUGGUCCAAAUGUUUUUGUGGUCCACUACCGGGGACACAAUCUCUACAUGCAAUAUGCCCCUCUUGUUGCUCUCUACACCUGUCUUGUUCUCUACAUCUGCUUCUCUGUUAGUAAGUGGUCGUAUGCCUGCGUCACCUGUGGCUUGAUGUCGCCUGCUCUUCGUGGAAGAGAGUUCUUCCCCUAUCUCGUGGUUCUAAUUGGUUUUGAGAAACUUCUUUCUGUUACUAAAGCUGUUGUCAAUACACCAAUUGACAUUCCAGUUAAGUAUCGUAUUGCUCAGGGUUUAGCCAAAGAGGGCUGGCCAAUGACUAAGAAUCUAAUGUUGGCUUUUGUGGGAACCGCAUUUGGUUUCCUCACCUUCAAUUCAGGAAUUCAAGAAUUCUGUCUCAUUGCUAUCGUCAGCUAUACUACAGAUUUCUUCCUACAAAUGUUCUUCUUUGUACCCGUUCUUGCGAUCGAUAUUCGUCGAAUGGAGCUUGCAGAUCUCCAAAACUUCGCAAUCCUAUCAGCGAUGCCAAUGGUGGCCACUGAUUUUGAUAGACUACAGCCCAGCGGUUUUGUCGCAAACAGUAACACUUCUGGUGGUAUUGCGCCGCAUCGUUCUCGUGAAAUCCUAGUGUCUCAACCAUCAGAGUGUCUCCGACGCUCUAUGUCACCAACCCUUCAAAAUGCGUCGAUUUCUCUUGGCCAUCGGCGCGUUCGUUCUGAUGCAACAUCAGCGCCCUUUAUUAUUUAUGACAAAAGGAGUCGUAAUACGGUGCCACAAAGACGAUUUCGUUGCAGUCGACGAUUCUUGCAAUGUGUUGGAAUUACGAUGAUCAUACUCGCCUUCCUAGUCUUCGAAACUAUCAAUAACCAACAGCAACCUGCAGACCCCACCACCACCACCUCCGAUUCCCAAGACGACUCAUCAAAACCCCCUCCUGACUCGCCUUACAAUCAGAAUGGCACGAAAAGUAGUACAUCUUCCCAUGAAAAAAAUGACGAUUUCGUCCUCCACCGUCAAAUAUUCGGUCUGCGAGUUAUCAAUCGGCAUGGAUUUGAAUUGCGAUGGGAUACUGACAGCCUCUGGCGACACAUGGCUUUCUCCGCCUGGCCGUCAAUUGCCGAUCGGUAUAACUUCAGUCUGUCUGGAUGGCGUUUGGUUGUCUUCGAACCCAUCCAUGUGGUGCAGUUGUUCUCACCUGAAUCGGCUGUUCAAGCGGGACCUCUUGUUGUUGAUGAGGAAGAGCGCCUGACUGCGGGAGGGGAAGGAGGAUGCCAAACUGAUGGGGCUUCAACUACCACAGAUGAGUUCUCUGGGACAACUCAAUCAGUCAAUUCUGAGGACGGUGAGUUCGAUGGAGACCGCACAUGGUGGUCCCAUGUGCUGACCUUCGGUCACAAGGAGGCCCUCGCUGCACUGGGACUGCCCUGGGGCGAUUUGUUGGUAUCCUGGACAGCCCGUCUGUGGGACACUGCCAAAAUGGCUGGUGUCUCUUUUCUGGGCGGUGGAUUCUUCCUUGCAAUCACCCUCAUCUGCAUGAUACUAGUGCAUCAACACUUUUCAAAUUCCAACCCUGGUGCCUGUCGUGAACCAAUGGCUCGAGUACGUCAACACUCCAUCCCACUAAUCAAUCGACGUCACAAUAUUCAGGAAUGGGUUAUUGCCUACAGUGAUCGUGAACUUUACUACAACACAACUCCCAACUUAAGCAUCGGACUCAACACUCGUCAGACACCUCGAGGUAAUCUCAGAGGUCCAGGAGAUAUCCAGACCCUCAUUGCGGUGACCGUUUCAGGAUACUUCGGAGGUUCUCAUCUUAUGCGUGGUAUCAGGAUAUGGACGGCUGAUGGUGCCUCUCCAGUCGGCGCCAUCGAUAGAUUUUACCCUGGUUGCUUUAAAGUUCGGGCAGCGGCUUCAACCCAUCGGAAUCUCGAGCGUCGCUUCAGUCCCAUUUGGUCGAUGAAGAUACAUCCUCCAACUGGUUGUCUUCUCGCAGGAUGUGCUAAUGGAACCAUUGAGGCAAGUCCUCACCAUUCCUCCAUUCAACUUUGCGCUUUCUCACUUUUAACUUUAUUUCGAGUGGAAAUUCUACAUGAUCGGCAAUUGUCAGCUUCACUGGUCGAGAAAGUGUCAGCUCUCUAUGAUAGGCAGAUUAUUCAUCUAGGACCAACUGUUUGGGAUUUAAAUACCCUUGAAUUGCGUCAGUUAAUCGAUUUGACCUUGCCUAAUGCCUUCUACGAUGCCGAAGGAGCACCGAUCGAUAACGGAAACGAGUCAAUCCGAGUCGGUGGUGUCACUGUCAUUGAGCCCUCUCUAGAAAAUCACUACGUCUUCUACUUCGGUACAAACAACGGUUUUGUGGGCUGUGUCAAAUGGGACCUACCUAUAAGGAGCUGCAGACCCUCACGAUGUAACUACAGACCGGACACUGUGGCAGGUAGCCCGGACCCAUCCCCUCCUCUACAGCCCCGACCCCAGUGGGAUGUUCAUGCAAAGUGGGCUGCUCACCCGAGUAAUCAUGCCGUCUCUCUGAUUUCACUCCAACGUGUCUUUCCUGGGUAUGUUGUUAUGAGGAUGCAUAUCGCGGUGUAG